GUGGAAGCCGAGCUGAUCCGGAGCCAUGACUCACCAGACCGGCAUUCACGCCACUACGGAAUUAAAGGAUUUUUUUGCCAAGGCCCGGAAUGGAUCAAUCCGCCUCAUCAAAAUCGUAAUUGAAGAUGAGCAGCUGGUGCUGGGAGCCUACAAAGAACUAUCUCAGCGUUGGGAUAAGGACUACGACUCCUUCGUUCUGCCAUUACUGGAUGAACUGCAGCCCUGUUACAUUCUCUACCGGCUGGACACUCAGAACGCACAAGGCUAUGAGUGGCUCUUCAUUUCCUGGUCACCUGACAACUCCCCUGUCAGACUGAAGAUGCUCUAUGCAGCAACCAGAGCAACAGUGAAGAAAGAAUUUGGAGGAGGCCACGUAAAGGAUGAGCUCUUUGGAACAGUCAAGGAAGACAUCUCCCUCAGUGGUUACCAGAAGCACGUGUCAUCCUGUUCUGCCCCAGCUCCACUGACUGCAGCGGAACAAGAGCUUCAGCAGAUUCGAAUCAAUGAGGUCAAGACGGAAAUCAGCGUAGAGAGCAAGCACCAGACCCUCCAGGGACUGGCUUUUCCCUUGCAGCCGGAAGCACAGCAGGCCAUUCAGUUACUAAAACAGAAGAAAAUCAAUUAUAUCCAGCUGAAACUGGAUCUGGAGAAGGAAACUAUAGACUUGGUGCACACACUUGCCACUGAGAUAGCAGACCUGCCUAAAAGAAUUCCGCAAGAUUCUGCCCGCUAUCACUUCUUUCUGUAUAAGCAUUCUCAUGAGGGAGACUAUCUGGAGUCUGUUGUGUUUAUCUACUCCAUGCCUGGUUACAAAUGUAGCAUCAAGGAGCGCAUGUUGUACUCCAGCUGCAAGAGCCGGCUGCUUGACUCAGUGGAGCAAGAUUUCUGCUUAGAGGUUGCAAAGAAGAUUGAAAUUGACGAUGGAGCUGAGCUGACUGCAGAGUUCCUGUAUGAUGAGGUUCAUCCUAAGCAGCAUGCCUUCAAACAGGCCUUUGCCAAACCCAAGGGGCCUGUGGGAAAACGAGGACAAAAGCGACUUAUCAAAGGACCAGGGGAGAAUGGAGAAGACAGUUAGAGCCCAGCGGACAGGAGGGACGGGUCAGGGGAGGGGCUGUGAACGCCUGCCAGCCUCCAGAAUUGCAGCUCCAACCAAAUCCACUUCUCUGCGUCUGAGCCUGUCCACUGAUCUCCAGAGGUUUCCCCUCCAGCUCUGCUUUCACAAUCAU